AUGACUACCACUCAUUAUAACUACAACAGGCGUCACUCAUCGGUCACACCCUACUCGAUACCAGCAAAGCAUCAGACCAACAAGCAACGCCGUGAUAGCCAUGGUCCAUUAAGUCCUUCCUCUAGACCACAAUUCUCCACUGGACACCAUCAUAAUAACCACGACAUAGACCCGCCCAUACUCAGUCGAGAAUUUGUUGUUCGCCGUAUUAGUGAAGGAGAAACUGGCCGACUUAAGGAACAGCUCAAGUGUGAAGCUUGCGGCAAGGGAUAUAAACAUAUAUCGUCGUUGGCCAAGCACUUGUGGGAACAUACGCCAGAAUGGAACGUUACUAAAAAGUUGCUCAUUUCCAAGCAUCAGCUGGUACAACUCUUGGAAGCGGCAAGCAUAUUGGUGGGAAUGAAUGAGAACUCGGAGACUCCACGGAGGCAUUCAACAUUCGGACGUGAAGAACCAUCGUCAGCUUUUCUGAAAUCACGUCAAGGCUCAGUAUCGCAACAUCCACCUUCUGGCCCUCGAGGCCAAGGAACCACUGUGGACCAGACAGCAUUACAAGGCGGGUUUUUAGAUGUUACUGGAUUCAAGAAACCACGGCCAAGGUCCCAGUCUACCGUUUUACAUAGUGAGGCCCUCAAAUCACCAACCGAUAAUAUGCCCCACCAUUACCAGCCCGACGAGGCUGACGAACAUGCGGUGAAAUCGGGCCUGGAGAAAACCAGUCUGCCAGAGGUGGGACUGGAUGAGGAACGAAACUUAUAG